AUGCGGGCCAGCCACUACGUUGACAGUCGGUGUGCUUUUGGAUGCCUGCUUGGUGCGUUGCACGCGAGCACUCAGUUCUGCCAACGAAGCGCGUCGCGUGUCGCUGCACUCGAGCUUCGAAAAAGCACUCAUCUACUCCGCGUUGAACGCAGGAAGACCAAUGUCGGGUUUCGACAGCGACCCGGUUAUCCUGUACUAGUACCGGUGAACAAUCUCCAGUACCGGCAGCUUCGCUGCUGCGCGAGCGAACCUCCGAAUUCUGCAAAGCCCGGAAAAGACGCGCAGCCACCGGAAGAAUCCGAGCAGCAAUUCUUCUCCGAAGAGUUCCAGCGUCGCAUGUCAGACGAGUUCCGCGCAGCGCUUGAGGCGGAGUUUGAUCGUGAAGACCCCCUCGAGGAGAGUAUUCGAAACGCGUUUUGCCGAGAGGAGAGGCCGCCCCAGGAGCCGGGCCCGCCGAAAACGUACCAGUUGUACGAUCCUGAUGAAGUGGUCGCCGAACUAGACCGCUUGGCGGCAUCCGGAGCUUUCGACGUCUCUGAAUACGGCGAUGCGGAUACGUUUUGGGAAAGAUACGUCAAGAACAGGAGCGCCAGCGCUUCGCAGGACGGCGACACGACGCAGACCGACACCGACGUUGGGCGCGAUGCAAGCAUCUGGGAGCUAGAUCUUGAGCACCUCGAUGAUUCGUCAUCCGCUGAGGGUCCCGAUGCUGCUGGCACUCCGGGAACGCAAGCCCUGCUUCAGUUGCCCUGCCCGGGAUGCGGUGCACAUCUCCAGGAUGAUGAUCCGGACGCCCCCGGUUACUUACCCGCACGGGCCCUGAGGCCGAAAGGGCAAAACGCCGAGAAACCGCUGACGUCGAAGGUCUGUCAACGGUGCUUCCACCUGACGCACUAUUCGAAAAUCAGUGCCAAAGGGCUGACGCUCAUGUCCCCGGAGCAAUUCCGGGAGAUCCUCGCCCCGUUGGCAAAACAGCGCGCAGUGGUGGUUUGCAUGCUCGACAUUCUGGAUCUGUCCAGUUCGAUGCUGAAGGAGGUUUCUCAGCUGGCCAAUGCCCAAAGCCCUGUACUGGUUGUUAUCAAUAAGGCAGACCUGCUUCCCUCGUCGGUGAAACUCGGCCACAUCAUGCAAUGGAUUUGGAAACGUUGUGCAGCUUCGGGGAUGCGACGGCGGCCGCGUGCUGUCUACCUCAUCAGUGCAGAGAGAGGGCUCGGCAUCCGGGGUUUCGUCCAGGGACUCGUGGCCGCUGCUCGAGAAUCCCGCACCGAUCACAUUUACAUCAUGGGUGCCGCCAAUGUCGGGAAAAGCACGCUACUGAAUCGCAUCAUACGGGGGCAUCCUGGCCACGGCUCAAAACCGACGCGUGAGCUGACCACCAGUGUUGUACCUGGUACCACACUGGGCAUGGUUCGUUUGCCCCUGAAGAAUGCCGCAACCGGCGAGCGCAUCGUGAUCAUGGAUACACCUGGCAUCGUCGAGCCUCGCCGCGUCAACCUCCUCUGUCUCGAAGAUAUCUCAGAGAUGAAAGGUAUCCUGCCAAGACGACGCCUCCGCGGUAUCACGUAUCGUCUCGAACAGGGCAAGUCUUUAUGGCUGGGCGGUUUGGUAAAUAUCGCCCUGGCUGAGGGGAAACCCUGGUUCUUCACAGCCUACGUCAGCGAGCAGGUAACCGUUCAUGUAAGCGACGCCAGCAAGGCACUGAACGAGACGUAUCGCGUACAGUCCGUGAAGAACGGCCUGUUAUGGCCUGGUGGCUUGCGUGUGCCGCUCGCGACCGUAGAACCUGUGCGAAUGUGUGUGGAACACGGUACCUGGAAACGAACUUGUGCCGAUAUCGUGAUACCUGGUCUCGGCUGGGUAGCACUGCUGGGCAGUGGCUCCUGCACCGUGCAUGUCCGAGUUGCUGGCGGCGGUACAGUGUGGAAGCAGGAGCCUCUCGCUCCACGUGCGUUAGCGGAAUUGCGGACAGAACGAUAUUUCGGGGCGCCUCGCCAAGUGUUGCGAAACACCAAGGCCUCCUCCUAA